CAUUGGCGAUAUUUAAAACACGCAUACACCGAUACUUUUUAUAAACAAUAACAAACAAUAAUAAAUGGAACCGGAAUUGACGAGGAAGCGUUUUUACAGCCUGGGUGCUAAAUACGCCGGCUCCACAGAGGAGGAUCUGGAAGUGUGCAUCAAAAACUAUGGAGGGGACGUGGUGCGAAUAGAACUGGUGAAUCGCCUGCAUGGGGCUCAGUGCCAAAGGCAGCUGCGCCGGUUUUUGCUACUUCUCUCCGCAUCGACCGUCUACUUCAUCAGCGUGUGGCGUCUCGGGGACAACUUCAUUAGCAUUUGGCAGCCACGCAUCCUGUAUCCCAUUAUCAUUGUUGCAACUCUUGCGAUUGUCAUUAUUCGCACCGCCCUGGCCCUGGUGAAAACGGAGAAAUUGUUUUACAGUUGGGACAUGGCCCUGCAAACGGAGACGGUGCGAUCCUUUGGCCGGGAGUCGGUCUUUUGUGUGCAGCGUGGACACAUUCAUGACAUAGUGCUCAAUGAAGUGAUUGAAAAUUUGGAUGUUAAGUACAUGCUAAUCCUGCGUACCAGAGGCAGCAUGUUCAAGAAACGACCCAUAAUACCAUUGUUCCAUAGCCAGUCGCCCUCGUUCGAAUGCUUGCAGCAUAUCUACCGAAUCCUGCAUCGACACUGGCUGAAUAGCGACAAGGAUCGGUCGGAGCACGCCUACAAUAAAGACGCGCCCGUCAGUGUGGCCUCGCAGAGCUCUUCCAAUUUGUGAAGCUGUUAAUGUUAAUGUUUAUUAAAUAUAGCGAGUCGUUUAGUGUA